UCUGCCAUUGUGGCCGAGUUCGGUAUGGACCUGGAGUUGGACCUGAGCGGGAUCGAGUUGACUGCCCAGAAGCUAACUCAAAAUUCAGUGUCGUCCUCAAACCGCGACCCUGAAUGUAUGCUUGACGCCUUUUUCUAUCUAAUUCGCAACCCAGGCUCAACACUCAAUGACUUGAGGGGUCGACUCGAGGCUGAGAGACGGACCUAUUAAAGAUACCUUUCCGAUCAAGGGACAGUAAAUCCUACACGACAUGUUCAUUUUAGACAUGGCGUAAUCCCACGUGAAACUCCUGCUCCAGCCUCCGGUCCCAGACUAACCCUGCCUGAGAGUUGGAUUCCAUACACACUUUGUAUUCCCCAAGCCAUACUCAACCAGCAAUGGUAAGCUUCUGGAGAUGGCUGAUUGAACAAUGAUCCGCGAGGUCCUCUAUUAUUCCAUGAUGCGAACCAUUCCACGUGUUGUCAUCCUACUCCUUGUCCUCUCCUUUGCCAUGCUGCUUCUAAUCUCGCGCUGCGGCGUCGAGAUGGACUACACGCUACAGAGCCAUCCACCGGGCACCCCAAGGCGGGAAUAUUACCUCCAUAUGUUGGAGGAUCAGAAUAGCGUCCACGGGAAGGAGAUUCAAAAACUGAAAGAACAGAUCGCUGCUUUACAGGAGGAAGUACGGCAUCGGGCGGGAAAGAUUUCCCGCGUUAUGAAAAAUGCUGUGGGACCAAAUUCCGAUGAUGCAGAGGGUGGCGAGGAGGAAACCUUUGGUGUGAAUCACAAAGUGGAGAAGCGACGUGAUACAGGGGUUCAACAAAUGUCCAUUCCUUUACAGAGUUCGAGUGAUUUAGGAAAGUACAUCCAGCAGAAAGUAAAGGAGUCGGAAAUUGUCACUGGUGUGAGUUUGAACACGGAGUAUGAUCUGACGGCGUUUUAUCGUUUUACCCUUAAUCGUGUUUAUCUGUCUCAUCUGGGAUUAGGGAAGCGUGUUGUUGAGAGACCCAUUGGGUUCAAAAAGAAAGACCUUCACGAAGUCUUGGUGCUGGCUCUGGAGACACUCAAUAAAAACCGAGGGACAAAGCCUCUUUUUACUGGGGAUCAUUUUGUAGAAGGUCUUUAUAGGACAGAACAAUCAAUGGGGACACAUUAUGAGCUAUUUUUCCGCAAUAUUGAUAUGACAGCGGAACAUGGAUAUCGCAGAUUAGUGCUGACUCGGCCGUAUGCGCCCCUGCAGCUUGUGCUCGACAACACAACAGAAACCGAUGACGAAGUCAUCAAUUUGAUACUGCCGUUAUCCGCUUCACGUAUUGAUACAUUUCGGACAUUCAUGGACUACUUUAAGCGGGUGUGUAUAAAAGCUGACAAACGUAUCUUCCUGACGAUUGUGUAUUUUGGCUCCUAUCAUUUAGAUACAGUAAAAGCAGUCAUUUCAACAAUUGAAAGAUUAUUCAAAUUUCGACUCAUAAAGUUAGUGCCAUUGAAUGAAACAUUUAGCCGAGGGCGUGGCCUACAAGUCGGUGUACAGAGUUGGACUAAAGGUGACGUUCUCAUGUUCUUAUGUGACGUUGAUAUCAUUUUCACGACAGAGUUUCUCGAAAGGUGUCGCCUUAAUGCAUUCAAAGGUACUAAAGUCUACUACCCCAUGGUAUUCAGCUUAUAUAACCCUAGCGUGGUCUACACGCUCCAGGACAACGAUAUCCCGCCGCGUGAUAGGCAGCUGGUCAUAUCAAAAGCUACGGGAUUCUGGCGCGAUUUUGGUUAUGGCAUGACGUGCCAGUACCGGUCAGACUUCCUCGCCAUUGGCGGUUUUGAGGAAAAAAUAACCGGUUGGGGGAUGGAGGACGUGCUACUGUAUCGUAAAUAUGUGAAAAGUCGUUAUCUGGUUGUACGAGCGCCUGAUCCUGGAAUCUUCCACAUGUGGCAUGAGAAACAUUGUGAUCCUGAGCUUCCUGUCGACCAGUAUAGAGCGUGCAUCCAGUCCCGCGCCCUGAACGAGGCCUCUCACGAACAGCUCGGCAUGUUGGCCUUUAAAAAUGAACUGGAGCAGUAUAAAGAAAAGAAAGAAAACCGGGAAAAACAACAGAGCCAUAUCGUACCUGUCCAUACGUAGGAUAUCCAUGCAUGCUAUUUUCGCCCUACCAUGUUCUCAUUGAAAACACUGCCAUUCGAAACUAUUUUAGAGACAUCAGCGUAACUAGUGAGACGAAAUUUCUUUCACUGUGACCUGCGACGUGGCCUUGAAUGUGGCGAUCAAUUGGGCGUAUUUACCAUAUCAGCAUUCAGAGGUACUCUGUCCGUAACAUCCCCUUGGUGUGAUGGAGUCCGAAUCGGCGGAGUGGAAUCGAGGCUCGAGGCGGAGUCCAGGUUGGCGGAGUGGAUCCGAGGGUCAAGAUGCCACGUUCAAACCACGAUCGUUAUAUUUUCAUGGCUAUGUCACAGGUCGAAAUGACAGAAACGGCUUAUUCGCGGAGCGCUUAACUGUACCAUUCCAGUUUUUUUAGCAAAGUGCCGUAAUAUAUGCAUUUAAAUUCCAUCAACAAUUUGAACGCACAUUUCCAGCAAGGUCGAUUUUAAAACCUUGAGUAAGGCAACAGUAUCAAAAUCAUCAGACAGAUCACAGAAAGCUGGCACUUUUUCAGUUUACCGUUCAAAUGGUUACAGUUGAUCAAUCUGUUGUCUCGAAUGCUGUUAUUUUUAUGCGUGUCGAGAUUUUAUAUGAGUUCUCACCCUUGCUUCGUGUUAUUCCUGGUAUUGAUGACAUGUAAAGAAUUUUCAAGAAUAUUUUGUCCGCGCUCAGGUGAGUUAUACUUUUCGGGUUAUGAAUAGAUAAACUUUAGAGAAACGGAGGUGCAUUAUCAGCGUCUGACAUGAAAUGGUUACUAUAAGUACACUGUAGCUUUAACUGUUUGCCAUACUUUGCCAUUUACUGACUAGCAAUUAUUAGCUCGAGUUAUUCAGCAAUUUAUUGAAGUAGCACCACCAGCUCCCUAGACAUGUCGGACAUGACACAUCGCGCUUGGUGACGGAAUAAUGAGAUUUUCUCAACGAUAUACUCCAUGAACUUUAAUUAUUGCUGUCACCGAGUCUCAACAGAAAAAGGAGUUGUCUCAAGAAUGCUUGGCAGGCAUUUAUAACAUGAGUACCCGAAAUUUUGUAAACUGUCACGUGUACAUUUUUCGAUGCAUCACGAAAACUUCUUCUUUACAAGAUCAGCAUUUCAGAUUCAAGAGUUUUGUAGAAUCUUGUAGCGUAAACUUUAUCAGUACUGACUUGAUUGGCAUUUAUCUUGAGACAAGACUAAAUGGCAGGGAGAUAAAUUCAAUUUUGAUCCUCAAAUUUUAUUGUAUUUUGAUCUGCACUUGAAGCAUUUAAAUUUCUUUUCGCUGCUGUUCAUUUCUGUUGGUUUACUAUGUCGAAUCUGAUGUCUUCAUUGUAAAUGAGACAACAACACGGACGAAGGAAAUAAGACAUUUUCUCACCUUCAACCUAAUGUUUGAAUGUCAUAUUCUCAAUUGACAGACUUCCCUCACCACUUGUAUCUCAAGUGAAUAUAUCCAUCCCACUUGAAUCGUGACAGAAUUAGGUGCACCAACAUUGUGAAAGUCACUAGGUUCUUAAAGGAGGAGAAGCAUGCGAUGAUAUCAGGCCAGCAUUAGUAUAGUUAGCAGAAAUCUUGUAGGAAGGGUAGUUCUCUAUUUGAAAAUGUACACAAACAUUGCGAACAUUUUCAGGUGUAUAUAUGUGGCACCCUCUAUGCAGAGAAAUGUGUACUUAUAAUAAGUGCUGUUCCGACAGCUCUCACUACUCCCCCUUUAAAUGAUCCUUUGAUUGACAUGUAUGAUCACGCACUUGCUUCCCGACACACCCAAUCAUUUUCCGUUCGUGUUAUUCAAAGAUCCAUCUUUAUCCGAUGGAACAUCACCAAUCUUCUUCCAAUCAGACACGCUGAAUGCUGCGGGUGAUGAAUAUUUCACAGACGGUACGGACUUUAAAUUCAUAUCGGACACCUAGACAUGGGCCAAUCCAUCACCUCAUACUUGAUUUGAAAUGAUACCAUAAUCGCACGGAUGAUGCUGUAGACCUGCUUCAGCUUUGAAUAGAGAAUCUGGGCGAUAUAAAUAAAGACUAGCAAAUGCUUUUAUCCGGAACUCCAUGUACAUUCACACUUGGCAUUCCUGUACAAAAUUGAAGUAAAAGCAUUUGCUGGUCUUUAUUCAUAUCAUCCAUUGUGUCGAGAUUCCAAGGGUUCCACUUUAAAUUGAUAAAUGUGGGCUCAGCCUACGAUUGAGAAUCAUCUUGAAGCUGACAGUCAAAUCUACUAUCGAGGGUAAGGCCCGCAAUGCCGAGCACGUGGGAAUGUUUGGGAUGUGAUAUUCCGCUUAGUGCUGAUGGGGAAGCCAGUCAUGUCUCGCCAAAUUUGCACCCCCAUGUUUUGGAUGAUUGGUCUCGAGAUAUUGCCAGGCGGACACAAUUGAACAGGUGGUAGAAUGUCUGUGUUGAUUUUCUGAUUCAUUCUAGCGCUGCCUUCUGUCAAAGAACUUGAGCGAACUUCAUAACAGUGCCCUCCCGAUAACCAACCUGAAUGCUCUCGUCUAUGUCGGCUCUUUAUUUUAGUCAUUGGAGUUUUUUGCCGUUAUAGUUCUGUGUAUUAUAGACGAUUGAUGUCUCACUGCCUACUAUGUCUGAUAAAUAAAUUAUAUUUUAUGAUA